UCAAUCCCUCUCGAACACUGCACAACAAUGGUAAGAAUUAAUUUCUAUUGUAGGAGCCAACUCAGAGUAAGGUAUGUGGACAAGUGGGCAAAGGGGAAGGGUCAAGUUGUUGCUGAAUGCUGGUUACCCAAGCAAAAGCAACACCCGUAGCUGCAGCCGCCCCACCAAAUUUCUUCGCCGCCUGCAUCCACCCAACUCGACCUGGUUGCCUCGGCUACCACGCCGCCUCCUCACCACCGUCCACACCUCCACGGUAACCAUGGCCAACAACAACCAAGAUAAAGACGAUCUCGAACCCAUUUUCAAGCAAAAACGACUCCUCCGAUCUAAAGUCCGUCAGGCCCUCAAGUCCAUGGACCCGUCGCUCCGAUCCCACGAAGAUGAUGCAAUUCAGAGGAUUGUUUUGGAGUCUCCAUGGUUUAAAUCUAGUCAGAGAUUGUGUGCUUAUAUAAGCUGCAGUGCAUUAAGAGAAGUCGAUACCUCAAGUUUGCUAUCAGAAAUUCUGCAUAAUCCAGCCAAAGAAAAUGACACGCAUAUAGCAAAGAAGCUUUAUGUUCCACGCGUAGAGGACAAGAACAGUCACAUGAGAAUGUUUAAAAUCUCACGGAUGGAUGACUUAAUUGCAAACUCAAUGAAUAUUUUAGAGCCAUCUCCAGUUGAUUCUGAUGGAAAUGAUCGUGAAGAUGUGAUGCAUGCAAAUGGCCCAGUUGAUUUGUUUAUUUUGCCUGGACUUGCAUUUGACAAAUCUGGAAGACGGCUGGGUCGCGGUGGAGGUUACUACGAUUCCUUUCUGAGGAAAUACCAAGAACUUGCAACGGAAAGGAAUUGGAGGCAACCACUUCUUGUUGCACUGUCAUAUUCUGUGCAGAUUAUGGAUGAAGGAGUUAUACCAGUCACUCCAAAUGAUGUAUUAGUUGAUGCUCUUGUUUCUCCUUCUGGUGUGAUUCCUAUUAGCCCAGCUGCCUUGGAGAGAUUGAGGGUUUGAUUUGGAAUCCAAAAUGAAACCUGAGUCCUUUCUUCAAUAGACUUCUUCAGAGUUUGCGUCUUGGGUAGCUCAGAAGUUGUUAAGAGGAUUGGAUUCCUCGAACUCAAAGCAUAAAAUGCUGGGCAUGAGUUACUGGAGGCAUGGGGUACAGUGCUGUUGUGCCAUAGACCUAUUGUUGAGAGGCCUCAAAUGCUUUCCCUUUCUUGACCUUGGACAACUAGAAAUAGGUCUGCACUUGGGGUUAGAUUCUGGAUAACUUGUACUUUAUAAGAUGGAGCAUACAUCAUCACGGUGUCAUAGAUAUUACUAUAUUAGCUAGAAUAAUAAAUAUUUUACUCCAAGGUGUUGCUGUUGCUGUCGUUAUUUCAUGAUUGAUUUCAUUUAAUAUUGGAAAGCUAGUGUUUAUCAUAUUUUAUGUGCAAAUAGCUGAGUGCAAUGAGUUUUGUC